AGUUUCUUUCUUCUUCAGCAGAAAGUCUUUUUCCUGGUGAUCAAAAAUAAUUACCUCUUUUCUUCCUAACGUCCAAAUAGGAUGCCGCCGUUCUCUUCGGCUGCUGGGCUGCGUUCGCUAACGCGGCUUUCCUACGUAUCGCCUUCCCGCUGUGCCAUAACAAGCUUUCCUUGCCCAGCCGCGUCGAGCAGACGUUACUAUCACCUUUCCGCUGCCUUGUACGCCGAAAAUCACUCGCCGAAAGAGGCCCCGGCGACACUGUUGGGUGCUGUGGCCGCAGACGCUGUGAAGCCGCAACGUCUGCCGCAACAGAGGGAGAUCACAGACCCAGCCGCUUCACAAUGGCACAAACAACCCGACGCUGCUGCUGCAUCUACCGCUGAAGCACGGGACUCCUCUGCCAGCGCUGGCGGCACCGCCACCUUUACAGAGGCCGCUGCCCAUUCCGAGAGUCCGUUGCGGCGCCUCUUUAUUUCGUGGCAACAGGGUGUGGUGGCAAGCAUCGGCGCCGUGAUGGGCAUCGGUUUUCUGCUGUACUUUCUUUACACGCCUGUGAAAGAGGACACGGUGCACCACACGGCAGUGGUCGCAUCAGAGGCGCUGGCAGAUGCCCGCCUGAAAGGGCAGGCCGUGCAGCUCUCCAAAGACGUCGUGUUGGAGGUCCUGCGCGACCACAAAUCACUGGAUGCGGCGGUGAACCUUGUGGCGAAGCUGCUGCAGCGCGAAGAGAGCAAAAUUGCAGUGUCCAUUCUUCUGCAGUCUCUCUUCGUCGACCACUACACACUAGAAGUCACGAAGAAGUUUGUACUGCAGGUCGUGCAGGAUCCGUGGAUUCAGGAAAAUCUACAGGGAAUCACGGAAGAGCAGGUGCGGCAGCUCCUGCGAAGCCCCGAAAUACAAAAAAGGCUCUCCGACUUCUUACUCGGCUCUGCGCUCGAGUCGCUGAAGAAGCCGGAGCUUCAAUACGAGGUGGCACGCGCUGUGCGUCGCUCCGCCGCGUCCUUGUUCUACUCUGUGUGGAGCUGA